AUAUCUGUUCUCCAUAUGUUCGUUACUUGUAUAUGUAUAAAAUCAAAAGAGUAUGAGAGAGAGAAGGAGGUAUUCGAUUCAAUAAUUUAAGGAUCCAGAACAAGAAUAAAGUUGGGGGGUUUCAUCGGAUCCGAUCAGAAUGGCCACAGAAACAAAAUCUAAUUUGGUUAAGGUGAAACCCAGUAGCGGAAUUCGAGAUGGAUCUACAGCAAAGACUAAAUUCGAUUCGUCUGUUAUCAAGAAUAGAGUUGUUGGUGGGAGUUCAAGCAAGCAUUCGGUUGAUUCCAAGCAUAAAUUUUCGACCACAACCACAACUAAUGUUUCCAAAACUGAGGCUAAAGGAAAAUCAAUUUUGAGUUCUUCGAAGACCAAAACAAAAACGACAGUUAAACCAAGAGAGAAGAAAGUUUACUCCUUGCCUGGGCAGAAGUUUGAUGUUCCAGAAGAGCGAGAACCUCUACGGAUCUUUUACGAGUCAUUGUCAAAGCAGAUACCUUCCAGCGAAAUGGCAGAGUUUUGGAUGAUGGAACACGGCAUGUUGUCACCCGAGAGGGCGAAAAAGGCAUAUGAGAAAAAACAGAGAAGGCAAAAGGAAAUACGAAUGGGAACGCCCAUCAAGUCUCCACCACCACCGCCACCACCAAGUAGAGCGGAGAGUUCAAAGAAGCCACAACAGUUUUCGCCACCAAGUAGAGGAGGUGGUGAAAGUUCAAAGAAGCCACAACCAGUUUCAAAGAACGGGGACGCAAAAGCAAAGAAACGAGUGUUGAACGAUAGCGAUGACGACGAGGACAAUUUUGUCUUGAGUCACAAAAGGAGAAAAGGGUAAAACAGUAAAAAAACAUGUCAGUAUCUUUCUAGAUUGGUUAAACUUUAAAGCCUAUGUUGUUUGAUUUGACCAAGAUGAUUAUCAUAGUAAUUACAUAUAUGGUUCAACACAUUCUUUGUGUUUUCUAACUUAUGAUGAUAGUUAAAAAAUAAUCCAUCUUAAUAA